UGGGUUCGCCCCGCCCCCGAGGGGUCAGGGGUCACCGAAUGGCCGGAGAUCGGCAGGUCGUCGCGGGUAUCCAGUCUUGGGCCCAUGGCGCCCGCGCAGCGUUGUCCUCUGUGCCGCCAGACCUUCUUCUGUGGUCGCGGACACGUGUAUAGUCGCAAGCACCAGCGGCAGCUGAAGGAGGCUUUGGAGCGGCUCCUGCCCCAGGUGGAGGCCGCCCGCAAAGCCAUCCGCGCCGCUCAGGUGGAGCGUUACGUGCCGGAGCACGACCGGUGCUGCUGGUGCCUGUGCUGCGGCCGUGAGGUGCGGAAACACCUGAGCCACGGAAACCUGACCGUGCUGCACGGGGGGCUGCUGGAGCAUCUGGCCAGCCCGGAGCACAAGAAAGCAACCAACAGAUUCUGGUGGGAGAACAAGGCAGAGUUCCAGAUGAAAGAGAAGUUUCUGAUCUCCUCCCAAGACUAUGCACGGUGCAUGCCGAAGUUUUCAGUUAAGUCUCAUGAUGUUCUAAAGCCCAUUUUUGAUUUGCAAAAAGGAAAUGUUUGCAUAGAAGAGAAGUGGAGCCAGUAUGGCAAAAUGUUAGCAGUGAAUCUGGUUGAAAGAUUCAAGAAAUCCAUGGUGAAAGGUUUGGAUUCCUAUCAGGAAAAAGAGGAUGAAGUAAUCAAAGAGAUGGCAGCUCAGAUCCGUGAGGUGGAGCACAGCCGGCAGGAGCUGGUUCGGUCUGUCUUAGAGCCUCAGGCAGUGCCAGACCCAGAAGAAGGCUCUUCAGCGCUUGGAAGCUGGAAAGGGACCAACAGUCAAGUGGCCUCCGCCUCACAGCAGCCUUCCUACUUGGACCUGCCACCAGCCCCAGAGCUUGACUGGAUGGAAACAGGACAACCUUUGACAUUCAUUGGCCAUCAGGUACAAUGGAUAAGCCAGCCAGGAAGGGCCAAUGCCCCCCCCCCCCCUUAGUUCCCAGGACACCCAUCUCUCCUGGGUUUUGUACCUAUUCUAACCCUUCCUACCUUCUUUUCUGUGUUGUUCCAUAGUAUGUUCUCAGACACAUUUCCUCACCCUCCAGUGAUCUCAUCACACCUUUGCCCCAAUGCCUAGAUCUCAUCCUUUGCAGAACCCCCAAGUCCCACUCAAUGUAGGAUAUCUAUAAAUAUCCCAUAAGCACUUGAAGCUAACCUCUACCAUUCUAUUAUUCUAUUAACUGUGGAUGAGUUAUUUCCUCUUCCAUCUCCUACCUCCUGUCAACAAGGUCUGUUUUAUUACCUGACUAGAAGAUGGCCUCCAGAUACAUAUACUUUCCCGCAAGUUUCUAUUCCUCCUGCACUCCUGUCCCAAACACAGAAAGUCACUGCUUCACCUAUUCUUAUGUUGUAUACGCCAGCCAUAUUGUGCUUCCUGUUUUUGCACAUGUAGUUAUCAUUGCCUUAAAUAAUGUUUACCUUCCUUCAGCCUAGUUCAAAUGUCACCUUUUCAUGGAAUGAUUAUCUGAACAGGUUGCCUGUUAUAAAUGUACUUAGUACCAUGUAAAAAGCUGCAAAUAUAAUGUGUGAUUUAUGCUUAAUUCUCUUCCCCUAUGAUACAUAUGCCCUGUGAGUAAAGGGUUUUGCUUACCGGCAUCUAGCAGGCAUUCUAUUUUUGGACAUCUUCAUUACAGAGACCCAGAAGUCUCUUGAGGACAAGACUGUUUCUCAGUUAUCUGUGCUCUUAGGAUUUAACAUCAAACCAUAACUAGCACUUGUAGUGCUUCCACUACCCCUCCCCCCCCUCCUGUGGUUUGUCAUUUCUCUAGCUAGGAGUAUCCACCCUGUCCUGGCUUCUCAUCUGGAAUUUUUCCCCUCCAUUUCUAACUACAGGACACGCCAGGAAUUGGUAAUAUCCACUCAGGUAAGGCCUAAGGCAGUGUUUCUCAGAUGGUAAGAAACAAUUAUUUUAAAGAAUAAAACUGAUUAAGUACUACCGGGGGCCCCUGGGUGGCUCAGUCAGUUAAGCUCAGGUCAUGAUCUCAUUUUGUGAGUUUGAGCCCCAUGUGGGGCUCUGCACUGACAGUGCAAAACCUACUUGGGUUUCUUUCUCUCCCCCUUUCUGCCCUUCCCUUACUCGCAUUAUCUC